AUGAAAGCCGCCACUUCCGAUUCAACCAAAAUCUUUCAGGCAUUUGAUGCUUAUCCUUGGACAUCCGACGCUACAUUUCAAGCAGGCUUGAAGAACAUUCUUCAGGCCAUGAAAGUGCCGACCGAUACAAACCAACCUUCAAUGCCUGAAGACAGCCGUGAAAAUGAAUUACUCGAACGAAUGCAGUUACUGCGAGCCAAGCACUUUUACUUUUCAAAGUUUAAAGAACCGUUCGACUUAGAAGCCUAUCUAGAAUACGAAAAAGAACCCAGAAAGGCGCAGGAGGAACAAUUCGAACGGGUGGAAAAUUACGAUUAUGACAACGAUACCAAGUAUGCCAAUGGAUUACCGGGCGUUAUUAAAGGCUGGGUGGAGCAGCAAAUGCAGGACGGUCAGCGAGGCAAAUUGUGGGAUAAGGAACGAUUGGAUUUCGAAUUUACCAAAGCCAAAGCAUUCUAUUACGCAUCAUGUGUCGAACCUAUGAAUGUAACGCAGUAUUUAAUGUGGAAGAAUCAUAAAGAAGAGUCAGCACAGCCUGUAUGUCCGUUUGCCAAUCUUUGGCAAAACAAAGGCACCGUCAUUUCCAAGACAUUUCUUGCCACGGAAAAGGCGCCUCACAGUGGCGCUACAACGCUCACUUUUGCUUCCCCAAGCAGCAAAAAUGUAUUUACUGUCGAACGAAUACAAGAUUUGCAGAAAGCAUUGGAUGAUGCAGAUAACGACUCACUAGUGACAAGUUUGAUGAUUACGGCCACUGUGGCCGAGAAAUCCUCUACUCCUGAAACUGAACGCAUUGAAACUCGAGACACCAAAUUACUCAGUUCCGGCCUUGCAUACCACGAAACGGCCGCUCAAGUUGGCAUGAAUCAGAAAGAUAUUCUGGAAGUUUCAUUGGCAAAGAUGGCUCGUACAUACUACGAUUUUGUCAAGACCUUGCCCGGUCGCAACAAACCUACGAUGACAUUCAUGAAUGGCCAAAUUCCCUUUGACGCAGUCUAUCUGACCGAAUGGCCUGGAUUUUUCCGUGUGAUUACCGAACAUGCGCUUUUGGAUCUUGGUCUACGCACAUCGCACGCGCCUAUACCUCCUCUGCUACUUUUGUAUCUGUGCCGUUCUCGCAUGGCCGAAAAACGACCGUUGCCCGAAGGUGUGGAACUGUACUUGGCCCUCGCCCCUCCAUCGCUGGCACGCUUGCGCGCUCCUGAACUAUUAGGUCUGGGAUUGGCCGACGUUUUUGUUCCCGAAAACAAGCUUUACGAAAUCUUUGAAAAUGUGAAACGCAUGGCUGUGUGCCCGCCACCGCACACCGUUCGAGCGGUGCAGCUAGCACUCACCAUUCAUCAUGCCUACCCCGGCCCCGACCGAUUGCGUGUAUGGAAAGACGAAAUUGAAAGUGUUUUUGGGGCCGUAGAUUCGUUUGAAAAAUUGGUGAAUAAGUUAAAGAGCGUAGAUUCACGCUGGAGUCGAACGAUCCUUGAUCAUUGGCGUACUUUGCCGCCGGCGCUUCUCAAGGCGACGUUCAUGGCUGUGCAAAAGGCAAAAACGAUGGAACCCAACCAAGUUCUGGAAUUAGAGCAUACCCUCAACGCGAAAUGGCGACAAUCACAAGACUACUAUCGCUGGCUCGACGAUAAUACCACCAAUACAUGGACAGGCGACUUGGAAUCUACUGAUGAAACCGCUGUGGACAGUUACUUUGACGAUCUAUUACUGCCCGAAUGCGAUGGUCAAGUUUAUGUAGCGCCCGAAGAUCCGGAUCAAGAUACUUCAGGUAUGGUGUGUCCAGUUACGGGCAAAGGCGGUGUAUGCCCCGUGGGUGGCAAGUCAGCCGCGAUUGCUCCUGUUGGUGCUGUUUGUCCCGUCACCGGUCAAGGACAGGCAAUGGAUGGUAUGGCCCAGUGUCCUAUCAAAGGUCUUCAAACCCCCGCCGACAUGGCAGCAGAAUGCCCUGUUACAGGAAAAAAGGGCGCAUGUCCUGUUGGAUCAGCAACCAAUGUUGAUAGCACCCCCAAUGUAUGUCCUGUUACCGGACAAACCGGCGGCGCUUCUAUCAGUACUACGACUGCGACGCAAUGUCCUGUAAAUCAUGGAUCAGCACCCGCUGUAUCCAGCACCGCAGAAACAGAAACUGGUCCAGCUCAAAUAGAUAGUCGUCCUGACGACAGCAAGUCCACGACACCACAUCAGACGGAAGCGUGA